GGUAGUUUAUGAUUCACGAUUAUCCAGGUAUCGACACGGCGUCAACAAACAAGACCUGAACACUGAACCAAUGUGCCGGCCGGUUGACUGUUGAUCCGAAUUUCUUGAAGUGUGAAGUGUGCAGAGACGUCUUAUUUUAGCAACAGGUUUUGAAUUUUGAUUGAAUGGUCACAGCCUAAAGGAAGAGGGCACACCUCUCAUCGAUUCUGCAACCAACCAGUCUUCUGUAACCUGUAACCUGUUGUUCAUUUCUCGCAGGUGCUGCUCUUUGAGACUUUCCGCAGAAAGUUUUGACACCUCACUCACGGGAUCAGUUCCUCGUUGACGAGACGGAUACACCUCUAGAUUCUAGAUCUUGUUUCCAAACAACAACAAUGGACCGGCUUUUCGAGCACAUUGAUGAGAAGCAGGAUCUGUACAUUCAGCGCCUGUCUGAAGCGGUCAGCAUCCAGAGUGUCUCGGCCUGGCCAGAGAAGAGACCGGAGAUCAAGCGCAUGAUUGAGUGGGCGGGGAAGAUGAUAGAGAAACUGGGUGGAUCAGUUGAGUACGCUGACCUUGGUGAGCAGACUUUGCAUGACGGCACUCAAAUACCUCUACCUCCAGUGCUGUUGGGAAAGUUAGGAUCAGACCCGAAGAAGAAAACACUGCUUGUUUACGGUCAUUUGGACGUCCAGCCAGCAGAGAAGUCGGAUGGAUGGGACACAGAACCGUUUAAACUGACGGAGGUUGAUGGAAAAUUGUAUGGCCGGGGCUCAACAGAUGAUAAGGGCCCUGUCCUUGGCUGGCUGAACUGUAUAGAGGCCCUGCAAGAGCUGGGAAUGUUUGUUCCUGUCAACCUCAAGUUUGUAUUUGAGGGCAUGGAAGAGUCUGGCUCAGUCGGUUUGGACGACCUAAUUGAGAAACGUAAAGCGGAUUUCUUGCAGAAUGUGGACUACGUUUGUAUCUCGGACAACUACUGGCUGGGGAAGACAAAGCCGUGCAUCACGUACGGACUCCGGGGUAUCUGCUACUUCUCCCUGGAGGUGGAAUGUGCGUCCAAAGAUCUCCACUCCGGCCUCUUCGGUGGAACAGUGUACGAGGCGAUGAACGACCUGAUCUACCUCAUGUCCCAACUGGCAGACGUGGAGGGCCAGAUUCUGGUGCCGGGCGUCUACGACUCGGUCAGGGAGCUCACGGAGGAGGAGGAGAAGACGUAUGGCCCCAUCGACUUUGACAAAGAAGAAUAUCGUCAGGAUAUCGGAGCCAAGAAACUACAGAAAAAGACAAAAGCUGAGGUUUUGAUGGCACGGUGGAGGUAUCCAUCCCUGUCUUUACACGGCAUCGAGGGGGCCUUCAGUGCGCCAGGGGCCAAGACGGUGAUCCCCCGCAAAGUGAUCGGAAAGUUUUCCAUCCGCCUCGUGCCCGACCAGAGCCCAGAGGAGAUAGAGAGGCUGGUGGAGGACUACGUGAAGGGGCUGCACAAGAAGAGAGGAUCGCCAAACUCUUUGAAGGUGUAUAUGGGCCAUGGUGGACGACCUUGGAUGAGCGACAUCAAGGACCCCAACUACGUCGCUGCCAGCAAAGCCAUAAGAACAGUGGCCGGUGUGGACCCCGACAUGACGAGAGAGGGCGGAAGUAUACCAGUGACCUUGACCUUCCAAGAGGCCACGGGGAAGAACGUAAUUCUGCUGCCCAUGGGGGCCUGCGACGACGGUGCUCACUCACAGAACGAAAAACUGAACAAGCUCAACUACAUCCAGGGGACCAAAAUGUUUGGAGCCUACAUGGAUGAACUUGCCAAGCUCUCUGCCUAACUACAAGAUGACGCACUGGAAUAUCGUGGCUCAAGAACUUCCUGUUGGGACAAUUGAAAUGUCUGUCUAGUUUAGACUCUUUUUUCUUCUUUGUCCCUGCCCCUGCCCAUUCCCAUCAAACGACACUUUUGUGUCGAGAAGGCAAAAGAGAAUGAGCAACAUUUUUUUAAAAUAAUGUUGUAAUGAGAGAGAAUUAAUGAUAGAAAACGAAGUUUAGAUCUGAGACUUUUGUCUCAAGUGAGUCUGCUUCUCCCUGAAUCUCAAGACUAGGUUCAUAGUCUGAAAGUCAUAUAUAGGCCACUGGUACCGUACCACUUGAACACUGUGGUACGGUAUAUGAAAAGGACCUGCUUCUUAUAUUAGUUAGAAAUACGGAAAUGUGACAUAGAAAUGCCUUGUUCGACUGUCUAAACAGCUGUCAUGCUCCAUUUUGCAAGGUCAUUGCUUUCAGACUGGAGCUACACUGAAGAGUUUGUUAUUGUUUUUUACAAGUAGCUUGGAAAGGUUUCUUUCUUGUAACAUAUCUAAUCUUCGGCACUUAUAUGACCGUAUUGUGUUGCAAGUGCCGUAAAACUCGUACUACAACUAAACAGAUAUUUUGUAUGUGUGCAAUGAUUUUUUGGUUCUCUGUUUCCAAUGUUUUGUUCUCAGACUGGAUCUCCUGAAGGGUUUUUUACUGACCUCUUUGCAAACGUGUAAAUUGCAACAUAUCCUCAUCACAUUUGUGAACUUUUUCUUUUAACACCUCCUCACUACAGAUAUUAUGUGGUUUUCAUGGAGUGAAUUUUAAAAAACUGGCCCGAAAGCAAACUUUUUAGAUAUAAAUCUAUUGAGCUUUGUCUCUUAAUUCUUAUAGAAAUGCAAGUCUCUCCGUCAGGCAAGUAUUUGAAUUAAAAAUUUGCAAGAUUUGUUCAAAGUGAGCAGGAAAUUGUUACAACUUCUGUCCUGGAGUAUUGACCUUGAGCAGAACCUCUCAAGUAGCGACGUAGCUGUGAGUGGGGACUUGUAGAUUGCUUAAGAAACUAACUUGGCAAGGGAAAACCUGUCCCUGUCGCUUUAUGCAAGAAAAAUUCUGACAUUAUGCAAACUGAGCCCAAAAAUGUGAGAUUAUGCGAUUGUGUUGAUUUUAACCAAGAACAAUAAAGGAAAA